AAAAAAAAAAAAAUGAAAAUAAAAGGCCAUCGAUUCACCAAAGAAAUUGAUAAUAUUAUUAGCGAACAUAUGAAAAAUUUGGGCCAUCUUCCAAAUCCCUAUAUGAAAAUUCAUGAAAAGAUUCCAAAAUAUAGUUCAAAGCAAAUUCGUUAUCGUUGGAUAAGUAAACUCAAUCCAUAUCUUUGUACAAUGCCUCUUGAAGAUAACGAAAAAUUGUUCAUCGUUCAAUGGGUUGAAAAUAAUCGAACUUCAGACGGUAUAAUUCAUUGGAAAGACUUAAUUAAAGAAGUUGAAAGUAAAUUUGGAAAAUUACGUUCUGAAAAUACUCUUAAAAAUUUUUGGCACUUAAGAAGAAGAAGUCUUUCAAAACAAUUUAAGGAAGUUAAUUAUGAUGAACCUAAUAUUACUUUUGAAUACGAAAAUUUAAUAAAAGAUGACAAUUUGUCACUUUUUAAAAAUAAAGACGAAGAAAAUAUUUCUCCACUUCCUUCUGAUGCAAGUCGAAUAGAAAUCUUAUGUUGGGUGGCUAGUGAACAACAUAAACGUGAUUUCCCAUAUAGUAAAUAUUUUAAGUAGUUAACCCCAGAGGUUUCAUGUUAUAUAGUUAUAUAUAUAUAUAUAGAU